CACAGGUGAAACAGAAAUAUAAAAGACAUUUUGGAGGAAACCAGCCGGGGAACGAUGGAGCAGUUGGAUGACAGCAGAAAGCACAGGCGGUAAGCUGCCAACAUGGCUAUUCCCAGGGUUCAGCCUCCUCCCUCUCCUUGGCCUCCUCUCUUCCUCCUUCUCCUCUACCUCCUCCUCCUCAUCUCCUCCCCGCUCCCCCUGCAGGCCCGGCCGCUUCUCCUCCAGCAGUCAAUCAACGUGGCCGUGGUGUUCAGCGGGUCCAGCUACCAGAAUGAGGUCAGGGGCCGUCUCAGUGGGGAAAACUUUGUGGACAUGCCCGUGGUGGUCAGCCCAGUGACUGUGCUGGUCAACGACACCAACCCCCGUGAGCUCCUGACUCGCCUCUGCGAUACCAUGGCAGCGGAGAAGCUGCACGGAGUCGUGUUUGAGGAUGAUGUGGGCUUUGGUGCCGACACUCAGGUGGCUGAAGUGGCACAGAUCCUCGACUUCCUCUCCACUCAGACAGCUCUGCCAAUCGUGGGCAUCAGUGGUGGCUCUGCAGUUGUCAUACCAUUCAAGGCGGAGGGAUCCUCAUUCUUGCAGAUGGGAGCAUCUCUGGAGCAGCAGAUUGUCUGCAUGUUCAAGCUCAUGGAGGAAUAUGACUGGGGCGAGUUUGCGGUGAUCACCAGUUUGCUGCCGGGCUACGACACCUUUGUGGAUAUAGUUCAGUCCUACACAGAUACCUCCUAUUUCCUGUGGAACCUGCAGGAUGUCUUGUCUCUGGAAAUGUCCGUUGGGUCAAAUGAUGCGAGGACAAAGCGCAUGCUGCAGCAGGUAGAUUCUCAGGUCCUGCUGGCGUAUUGCUCCUAUGAGGAGGCACAGUACUUGUUUCAACAGGCCGCUGAGGUGGGUCUGCUGGGGCCAGGAUACAUCUGGAUCCUCACUAGUCAGGCCGUGGGCAACCCUGAUAGCCCUCCACCUGCCAGCUUCCCUAUCGGUGUUAUUGGUGUGAUUACGGACCAGUGGAGGAAGAGCCUGCGGCAGAGGGUGAGGGAGGGUGUUGCCAUUGUAGCUCAAGGGGCUGAGAGUUUCAAGAAGCUGAACGGAUUUAUUCCUGAGGGACAUGGUGACUGCACCAAACUGGCUAAACACUCAGAGAACAUUACUCUGUUCAGGCACAUGCUGAAUGUGACAUGGGAAAGGAAAGAUCUGUCAUUCAAUGGCCAAGGCUUCCUCACCAAUCCUUCGAUGGUCCUCGUUGCUUUGGACCGCGACAGACUUUGGGAUAAGGUUGGAACGUUCGCCCGAGGGAUCCUUCAGGUUCGGUACCCGGUUUGGCCUCGAUAUGGCAGCUUUCUGGAGCAGGUGUCCGAUGACCGCCACCUAACUGUGGCCACGCUGGAGGAGCAUCCCUUCGUCAUGGUGGAGAACGUGGACCCGGGCACUGGUACAUGUGUCCGCAACACAGUGCCCUGUAGGCGCCAGUCCAAUCAAACAGGAAGCGAGGACACAGAGAUGAAUGCCAUCGGCCUUGCAGAGUCCUACACCAAACUGUGCUGCAAGGGCUUUUGCAUAGAUAUCCUGAAGAAGCUGUCCCGUACCAUCAAGUUCUCAUAUGACCUCUACUUAGUCACCAAUGGAAAACACGGCAAGCUGGUCCGUGGUACUUGGAACGGCAUGAUUGGGGAGGUUGUGUACAGGCGAGCUGACAUGGCUAUUGGCUCUCUCACUAUCAACGAGGAGCGUUCAGAAAUAAUCGACUUCUCCGUGCCGUUUGUUGAGACGGGCAUUAGUGUCAUGGUAGCCCGCAGCAAUGGCACAGUUUCCCCAUCUGCCUUUCUCGAGCCCUACAGCCCAGCAGUGUGGGUCAUGAUGUUUGUGAUGUGCCUGACCGUGGUGGCUGUGACAGUUUUUGUGUUCGAGUACUUAAGUCCAGUCGGCUACAACCGCAGUCUGGUCAGCGCCAAAACUCCUGGUGGCCCAACAUUCACCAUCGGGAAGUCGGUGUGGCUGCUGUGGGGUAUUGUCUUUAACAACUCGGUCCCCAUUGAAAACCCUAAAGGAACGACCAGUAAGAUCAUGGUCCUGGUCUGGGCCUUCUUUGCUGUCAUCUUCCUGGCUUCCUACACUGCCAACCUGGCUGCCUUUAUGAUCCAGGAGCAAUAUAUCGACACAGUGUCUGGGCUCUCUGACAAGAAGUUCCAGAAACCACACGAGCAUUAUCCUCCUUUUCGCUUUGGGACGGUUCCGAACGGGAGCACAGAGAGGAACAUCCGCAGCAAUUACCCCGACAUGCACAUGCACAUGAUGAAAUACAACCAGAAGGGGGUGGAAGAAGCUCUAGAAAGCCUGAAAACCGGGAAACUGGACGCUUUCAUCUAUGAUGCUGCCGUUUUGAACUACAUGGCCGGGAAAGAUGAGGGCUGCAAGCUGGUGACCAUCGGCAGCGGGAAAGUGUUUGCCACCACAGGAUAUGGCAUCGCUCUGCAGAAGGACUCCCGCUGGAAACGGCUUAUUGACCUGGCACUGCUGCAGUUCCUUGGAGACGGAGACACGCAGCGCUUGGAGACUGUGUGGUUGUCGGGCAUCUGCCAAAACGAGAAGAACGAAGUGAUGAGCAGCAAGCUGGACAUUGACAACAUGGCUGGCGUCUUCUACAUGCUGCUCGUGGCCAUGGGCCUCAGCAUGCUGGUUUUUGCCUGGGAACACCUGCUCUACUGGAAACUGAGACACUCCCUCCGCAAGUCUCGCAAACUUGACUACAUGCUAGCCAUCAGUAGGGGUAUUUAUAGUUGUUUCAAGGGAGUGGAGGAAACUGGGCGUUCAUCUGGUUUGGCCAAACCUGACCUAACCUCCAACUAUGCUCAACAAAACAUGCUUAAGAUGCUUCGCACUGCCAAGGACCUGGUCUCCACUGCCAAUGUUGAAACGUCUCUGGACAACGCCACCAAGACCAUAGAGCAUUUGAGUCGUCAUGGCGGCAGCUUGCCUGUUCGUAUUCCACAAGUCGCCACGGAGGCCGUACCAGGAGGAUUUGCCUAUAUUACGGAGAAUCACUGCCCCCUUACCCCACCUCUGACAGCUGUUACCUCUCUGAAACAUCAGAGGGGUGUGACCAGGCCCACGCCACUACGCUACACGCUCCCAACUCGCUCUUCUUCAUGUCUGUAUGACCGGCCACUUCCUGUGUCCAGCCUCAGUAGCCCCCAUCUGGCCAUGGGUGAGCCGCUCUCUCAUCAGCACCCGCACCACUACCAGACCACAGGGAGACUCUAUGUAGACCCCCAUCCUCACUCCCCAUUCAUCCCCUACAAUGAUCUCCAGCUACCCGACAUCUACGCAUCUCACCCGGUCUCCCCGCAUCAAAACCAACAAGUCCAAGCAGGCUUCUCCCGACGGAAAAGAAGAUCUAAAAGUUUCCAGUGUGAGGAUGGGGAUGUGGAGGCGAGAAAACACAGGGACCAGGAAAAGAGCAACAUAAGCCCUGUCUAUCUGAGUGAGCUCAAAGCCAACCACCUCCAAGAAAACCACAUCUCUGCCCCCAGCGUUGACUGCAUCUACUCAGAGGAGGUGAAGUGUCCCAGAGUAGAGAACUACGGCUCCUGGCCUCCGGAGGACAUGGUGUUCAGAGGUAGGCGCAGGCAUCGUCGCCCAUCUUUCCUUAAAGCAACAUGGGGCAGUGAGCAGAUACGUCAGAUGGACGAAUCCCAGUCCUCCCUGUCCAGCCAAUCACCGUCUGCCCUGCCGGACCUGUUCCCGUGCAUUCUUACUCAAGCCGCACCGGGAAAGCCCUACAACCCUGCCCAACUUCGAAAUAACCUGUGCCUCCCACGGAACCAGGCCUACCUCCACAUAAGGGAGGACCAUAGGAGGCCUAAUGGGCGUAAGGGCCAGAGGCUGCGCUACUCCCACUCCGCCCACCUCCCGACGUAUGGCGAGGCAGUGCGACAUGGGAGUGGUUUAGGGCGGGGGAUGGUACGCAGAGCCACCAGCUUGCUUAGCAGACAAUAUGCCCACUACCUGAACUCAUACCCUGGACUACCGCUCUACCACGGCCCCCUAGACCUGCAACACCACAGCCAGGCCUCCAGCAGCCCAGUGUGCCAGCUGCUGGCUUGUGGUGGUGGGAGAUGUGGAAGCCAGCGGGCUCUGCUGUACCAGGACAGUGUGUACGGAGCCUAUGGCAUCUAUCAGGGACCCCAGACUGGAUCAGAGGCCCUAGCAGGACAUGGAGCAGGGGGGCAGCCUGCAGGGAGCCCCUGCGUACUUCGUCCCUGGCGACGGGUUUCAAGUCUGGAGUCUGAGGUCUGAUUGGAAACCAAAAGAACCUUAAAAGAUGGAUACUGUGGAGUAACAGAGAACAAGACCGCUAUUGAGAGGGGGAAGUGUUAAGAUUUAUGAGAAGUUAUAACUUGAAAUAAUUGUUGAUUUUUUAUGUGACUUUGUGUGGUAAAGAAUAGAAGUUUGGGUCUGCAGCUUUUACAGAUGUUUAAGACUUUUUUGAUGUAUACUACAAUAAGAUAAGAAAACUGCACUGUACCAAUUUAACCUCGAGACAGUUGUGUAAAGCUGGGGUCGGCAGGUUUUACGUACUUGCUACUUUCCUACAAUGCUUGUGCUUUCUGUGCUUCAAUGUGCACUAAGAUUUACAACAGUUCAGGGUGUUGGCGCAUGGUUAACCUAUAACCAGAGUUUUCAUGCCGUGUGUAUGUUGUAUAUAUUUUAUUGUGGGUGGUGGGAUUCAGUCUUGGAUGUUGUUAAGUAGAUUAACUGUUUACAGCUAAAGGUGAACUAGUGAAGGGAACAAGGGAUUGUAUCUGGGAAUACCUCCACCAAAAACAAGCAGCCACUGUAGCAAAAAAUUGUGAAGAUGAACAUAUGGUGAGUUUAAUUCCAAAAUAACAUAUUUAAUGAAACAAACUUGACUCAAAACACGGGAAAGCAGUAGUUUUCUAGAAUGAAUUUAUUCUGAUACAUCAGUUUAUGCUUUCAGGUAACAGGUCAUAUAGGGAAUAAUGAGAGGUAGCAGAGACUUUGCGAAAGCAGUCCAUAUGAACACAAUCUGUAAAAUUAAGAAGGUAUUGGGACAGCACGGACCAGCACUUGGUGUCUUAAACCAUGGAUUUGUGUUCCUCACUGAAUUUCAUUAGGAGGCUGCAGUACAGCACAACAUCACACAGGGCCUCACAAUAAAAAUGAAUCAUUUAAAUAAUAUAUCAAAAUGGAGAAGUCUCAUUUGAGACUGGUUAGUGUCAUAUUCAUGUAUACUACAUAUGAUAGGAAUGUAUUGUCACUCUUUAAACAUUUCUAAUAACAUUUUAGCACAAUUUUCAUUUUUGUAAGGUUGUUGCCGAUUUAGUUAAAUAUUUGUCAUUGCUGUAUUAACUCUAUCAGUUGGCCUAUAUUAAGAUUUUCAUCUCUUUGUCAUUUCCACUCUUUUAUAUUCCCUGUCAUCCCUGUUUUCCCCAACCACUCUUACUUUUAAAUGAUCAAAUUUGAAUGAGGUAAUGAAAGCUAUUCUAGUAUCUAUAUUACCUUGC